UGGAGCAGUUUGCCUUGCCGGCGCGGGAUUGGCUCGGCGGCGUGCGCUGUGCCCGCCCCCUGCCGCCGCUUCCCGCCGGCAGGGGGCGGAGCCUCCGCGCUUGCCGGGAACGUCGCUUAAAGGAGCCGCUCUCCCGCGCGGCGGCGGCGGCGGCGGCGCGGCUCCUCGCCCCCCCCCCCCCCCCCCCCCCUUCCGCCCGCCUAGUCAGCCGCGCUUCCCCCACCCCCGGCACGCUACUCGCGGCGGUUCCCGGGUUAAAGCGCCUGAGGCGAGCCGGGAUGGCGGUCCCGCCGCGCGGCCGCGUUUCCUCGGGGAAGGCGCAGCCGGCGGCUCCCGCCGCGCCCAGCACUUCCUGCGCCGCCCUCGCCCCCCCGCCGAGGCCGGCCAUGGCCUACGAAGCGGCGGUGCCGCCCCGCCCCGCCUGCGCCUACACCAGCUGCUACUGCGAAGAAAAUGUUUGGAAGCUUUGUGACUACAUCAGGAGUCAGCAUCAAUACCCUUUAGAAGAAUUUUAUGCUGUUUUCAUAUCCAACGAUAGGAGGAUGAUUCCACUCUGGAAGCAGAAAUCAGGGCAUGGAGAUGAGCCUGUUGUCUGGGAGCAGCGUACACUUCAGUUUAGCUGUCUAAGCUUAAAUCAAAGGAGGCUGCAAAGGAAUGGGGAGAUCACCAAGGUUUCUUCAAAAGCACAAUGGGACUACCAUGUUAUUCUACUUCAUGUUUCCAGUGGGAAGCAGAACUUCAUUUAUGAUCUUGACACAGUGUUGCCGUUUCCGUGUCCUUUUGACUUGUACAGUGUGGAGGCCUUUAGGUUGGAUGACAGCCUUCGUCCAGAAUUUCACAGGAAAAUCAGAAUGAUUCGAGCAGAUUUGUACUUGAAGACGUUUGCUUCAGACAGAUCUCAUAUGAAGGAUGCAAAUGGGAAAUGGCAGAAACCUCCCCCUUCAUACCCUUGCAUUGAAACUGCAGACUCCAAGAUGAACUUGGAUGAAUUCAUCAGUAUGAAUCCCAAAGUGGGAUGGGGCUCAGUAUUCCCCCUUCCAGACUUUGUGCAUCGAUUUGGCAGACAGACUGAUUACAGCUAUUCUUUGGAAGGACAGUGAAGUGAACAAAGGUCUCCCCGCUUCUGUUUUGAGUGGGUGUGGUUUGUUUUGCUGCUCUUACAUUGUAUUUAUGGUUUACAUUUCUGUACAUGGAAUAAGUAUUUGGGCAAAUAGAAUACCCGAUCAGAAAUAUCAUGAACUGAAUAAAAACUUUUAUUUUGAUUA